UUUUCAAAUUCGAAUACCUUUCGUUCGGACUGUUUUGUUUUCGAACAUCUUUCAUUCGAAUCAAACCAAACGUCAAACCCACUUUGUUUAUGAAGGAGUGAAUAAUUUCCGCAGCGGAUGAGCGGUGAACUGCAAAAAUGGAAAAAAACAAAAACAAAACAACCACUAAAAAUCAGUUCGAGCGGAUUGUGCUGCUUCUGGAGCAAGAGCCGGACAUAGCAAAGGGUUUCUCCCGAGGAAAUUCCGGACCCUACUGGGAUGAUCUGGCGGCAGAAGUCAAUAGUUUGGGACCGCCUAUUCGCGAUGGAAGUGGAUGGAAAAAGGUUUGGGCGGACUAUAAGUCCGGAUUAAAGCGAAAACUCGCUCACAACAAACGGGAGCAGAGGGCGACAGGUGGAGGACCCAAUAAAAUUAUCAAUUUGUCCGAGCUGGAGGAGCAGGCAGUUCUACUAACUGGGUUACUUGCGACCGUGGAAGGAAUCCCGGGUACCUCAUCUCAUGGAACACAGUUGGGUUCGCCUUCGGGUGAACCUCAAGCUGCAGACCAGGAAAAUUUUAUAUAUUAUGGUACUUCCGACGAGUGUGACGGUAUCAAUAAUACCAUUCACUUCCAGCCCUCUCAGCCGAAAAAAUCCAGACCUUCUACCACGAGGCUAUUAGAGCUGCAAGUCGAGCAACAAAACAAAUUUCACACCAAUGUGAAAUCCCUGUUAAAAAACACAAACAAGAAUUUGAGUGAUCUGGUUCAUUAUCAGCGCCAAUCAGCUCGAGCGAUUCUUUCCGUGGAUGCCACACUCAAAGAACAUCUGAGUGAACAAAAACGACAUAACCACGAGAUGGAGAAGAUCGCGCUGGAGAAAUCAAUAGCGACAAAUCCUUGAAACGCAGAUUGCGUAUAUUUCAGAACAUUAGAAUAAUGUUUCAAAAUAUCAGUGAUCUGAUUUUUUAUCUUUAUAUUGUAACUCAAGUAUAAAAAAAUGAAAAAAAGUUCUAAUCGUAUUUUUAUAUCUUUCCAUGGAAGAAAAAUCUUACUUAAUUUUUUCUUUGAAGUUUGUUUGGAAUAGCAUCAAAAUUAUAUAAACUUUUUUAAAAUUCACGAAUUUCGCCUAUAGUUUAUGGAACUUCCUUAACCCCUUCACGUACAACAUUGAACUUCACUCGUUGUUUCUCGAUGUGAAAUAAUUACAUAGCUUCAGGCAUAUGAUGAGGAUACCGACAACUGAAGAUUAUAAAAUUUCCGUUAUUUAAAAAAAAAUUGAAUGAGCUAAAAAUAUAAAAUAUAAUUUGAAUAUUAUAAUUAAAAUAAAAACGAACGAGUUAGUACGUAGUAAUAACUCCUUCGUUUUUAUUUUAAACACAACAUGUAUUUGCUCAUCAUAGGGCACCCAUGUUAGAUACCCACACUCAGCAGAGUAGCGGAACGACUCGAAGUGCUCGUUUUGGGCCGUGCUGUUGGAAAUUAAAUCGUACAGCAAGGGGUUAAAACAACGCAAAAAGUAUUAAUAAUGGUUAUUUGAAUACUUGGCCUGCUUACGAGAAAUCGAUAAUGACAUGUUCUCAAAGUGUUGGCAGGAAUAAGAGUAAAUAAUUCUGCCGAAACCAUAGUUAAGUAAGGAAGACACUUCCUUUUCCGGUGGUUGUUAUUUAUUUGAGCAUUUGCAAACAAGUUAGAUGAAAUUUAACAGUCAUAAAUAUUAAUUUAAACAAAAGUUUAUUAUGUAAACAGCUGCAUAACAUAUUAUAACUACUGAGAACGACCAAAUUCUAAGCAUAUAUUGUGAAGUGCACAGCAUACAUUUAUAAUUUGAGCGCAUUUAGUAGGAUUGUAGUGAAGUUGUCUCGCGCCAAGGAUGCAUCUAAACCGA